AUCUCAUCCACCUUAUUAGACGCAGGAACGACUGACUCCCUGACACCACGUGAUGAGUCCCUGCGCCGUGUAUCUUCCUUUUUCCAGAAUUGAGUCCGUUCCGGUGGCUGGGACGCAUCUAGAGCCCCUGCCGCCUAAAGACAAACUGGCACAGCGCCAUUAUCCGCUGUCUUCCAGCGGAGCUUAGGCCCACCUCAACCCAUCCAAUCCAUUAUCUCAGCCUCCCCCGUAUCGUCAUCGCUCCCGUUCGUUCUGCGCCUUGUAUGCGGCGCAACCUAUCGACGACAACCCGACAGCUCCGCGCAACCUCCGACUCCCGCUAUCAUCUCCUUCACCAUUGCGUCUAUCACAGUCGCAUUCUAGUGAAUUUGCUAGGAGUUUGGCUUGUCUUGACCUGCUCCGAGCUACCCCGCCGUCAUAGUCCGACAAUAUGGCCACGCCAGCUCCCCCCGAGGACCAGGCUCGUCUGCUUGAAGAUGCUCUCGUUGCCGUGCGACAGCAGACGUCCCUUAUGCGCAAAUGUCUCGACACUCCUGGAAAGCUAAUGGAUGCGCUCAAAUGCUGGUAUGUAUAUGAUUGCCGCGAUAGAUAGCUCGGUCCCCUGAAUGGCAUCGCUGACUCUGGAAGCUCGACUCUGGUUUCUGAGCUUCGCACAAGCAGUCUUGGACCCAAGCAAUACUACGAGCUGUACAUGUCGGUGUUCGACGCCCUGCGAUACUUGUCUGUUCAUCUUCGCGAAAACCACCCUGUCAACCACCUGGCCGACCUUUACGAGCUCGUCCAGUAUGCAGGCAACAUCGUCCCACGAUUGUAUCUUAUGAUUACAGUGGGAACCGCCUACAUGGCCAUUGAAGAUGCGCCCGUUAAGGAGCUCAUGAAGGACAUGAUGGACAUGAGCCGAGGUGUUCAGCAUCCUAUUCGUGGACUCUUCCUCCGAUAUUACCUGUCUGGUCAAGCGAGGGACUACCUGCCAACUACUGAGAGCGACGGUCCUGAAGGCAACAUUAGCGACUCCAUCAACUUCGUUCUUACAAAUUUCGUCGAGAUGAACAAACUAUGGGUUCGUCUACAACACCAAGGCCACUCGAGAGAGCGCGAGCAGCGAAUUCGAGAGCGAAAGGAACUGCAGCUAUUGGUCGGCAGCAAUAUCGUACGCCUAAGCCAGCUUGUUGAUCUUGAAACGUAUAAGUCUAGUAUUCUAGCACCGCUGCUAGAGCAGGUGGUUCAAUGCCGGGACGUUCUCGCCCAAGAGUAUCUCCUUGAGGUGAUUACGCAAGUUUUCCCGGAUGAAUUCCACCUGCACACCUUGGACCAAUUCCUUGGUGCAGUUUCACGCCUCAACCCCCAUGUUAACGUCAAGGCCAUUGUAAUUGGUCUGAUGGAUCGAUUGUCCGAAUAUGCUGAACGCGAUGGACCGGAGGACAAGUCGGACGAUAGAGCUCAAAUUGAGGCGGAUGCACUGGCAAAACUGUUGGAGAAGGUAAACCUUCAAAAAGAGGCAUCGACAGCCACACCUUCAGAGUCUAAGCAAUCCGAACCUGAUGGCAAAGCGGGCGAGCCUACUGAAGAUGCCGAAUCCGAAGAUGCCGAAUCCGAAGAUGCCGACAAGACACCCGAGGGCGAGGAGUCUACAGCCAAGGCCACCGAUGAGACUUUAGAGGAAACUGCUGGUGAGAGCAGCAACGACGACUCAAGCACACUCGCCGAGUCUUCACCUUCAGUUGCGGAUACAGAAACCACUGCUGUGAACGGUCAAGGGUCAAUUACAGACACCGUACAGCUUUACGAGGUUUUCUUCGCCCAGGUCAAGAACCUGGUGGAGGCUCAGCAUCUUCCUGUGCAAGACAUUAUUGCUCUCCUGGUGUCACUUUGCAACCUUGCGCUUAACAUUUAUCCCGACAGACUGGACUACGUUGACCAGAUUCUGGCUUACGCAAGUACCAAAGUUCGGGAGAACAUUAACAAUGCCGACCUUCACUCGCCUCCUGCUCAGCAGAGCUUGCUUGCUCUUCUUCAAGCACCCCUUAACCGAUAUGUUUCCACUUUUACUGCUUUGUCUCUUCCUACCUACGUUCCUCUCUUCCAGUCGCAAUCAUACCCUACCCGCCGUGCCGUUGCUGGUGGCGUCGCUCGCACUUUGCUCAAAAACCAGACCAAGAUCUCGACUACGGAACAGCUCGAGAACGUGUUGGAGGUACUGAAGGUUCUCAUCAAGGAGGGUUCCCAGGCGCCUCAAGGAUACCCAGGUGUUGCCCAACGACGUCCUGUGGAGACAGACGAGACAAUGGAGGAGCAGGGAUGGCUCGCCAGGAUCGUGCACUUGCUGCAGGCCGAGGACAACGAUACUCAGUUCAAGCUGCUCCAAAUGACAAGAAAGGCGUACUCGGAAGGAAACGAGCGUAUCCGCACGACGACGCCACCUCUUAUCACAGCAUGCAUGAAGUUGGCGCGAAAGUUCAAGCAGCGUGAGCACUUUGACGACAACUGGGAGACACAGAGUAAUGCUCUGUUCAAGUUUAUGCACUCAGCGCUCAGCACGUUGUACACCCGUGUUAAUGGCUCUGGGGCUGCAGAGAUGGCGCUGCGUCUCUUUGCCUCUGCUGGUCAAACAGCCGAUCUGACCGGGUUUGAAGAGGUUGCAUAUGAAUUCUUUGCACAAGCCUUCACAGUGUAUGAGGAGGCUGUGUCGGACUCGAAGGCUCAGUUCCAGGCUGUCUGUGUGAUUGCUACUGCUCUUCACCAGACACGCAACUUUGGAAAGGAGAAUUACGACACUCUCAUCACCAAGUGCGCACAGCACGGUAGCAAGCUGCUACGCAAGCCAGAUCAAUGUCGCGCUGUGUAUCUGGCGAGUCACUUGUGGUGGGCGACUCCCAUGGUGUCCAAUGGCGAGUCAGAAGAAACAGAGCUUUACCGUGAUGGUAAGCGAGUACUUGAAUGUCUUCAGCGUGCCCUUCGUGUUGCCGAUUCCUGCAUGGAGACAGCCACAUCGAUUGAGCUCUUUGUUGAGAUUCUGGACCGCUAUGUGUAUUACUUUGACCAACAAAACGAAUCAGUCACAACCAAGUAUCUCAAUGGUCUCAUUGAACUCAUCCACUCCAAUCUGGCCGGCAACCAACAAGAUUCUGCUUCAGUUGAGAACAGCCGCCGGCACUUCCAUCAGACAUUGGAGAACAUCCGAAGUCGACAAUAUGAGGGAGUCGUUUUGACACCGAACUGAGGUCUAAUUCACUAGUGAUUGAAGGAAAGAGAAGGUGAUUGAGCGGCAUAGCGAUAGAUAAUGUUUAGCCCGCAGGCAUGAAUCGAGGAGGUCGCAGUUCCACUAGUUGUAUAUAUGUAAACUUUGCCCAAAAAUUGAUGAUAUGCGCGGUGAAGCCAAGCUGAGUCUCCUGCGACAGUGAGAGUUUUGGAGAGUCGCUGUCACCAACCCCUGAUUGAGAGAUAUAUAACAAAGAAUGCAUAUAUACGGAUAGUAAGCCCAAAAAUAACUGAAGCCUCACCCACGCAAUCCUGUCUGAGGGUUACAUAGCCUGCUU